UUUCCGUUGGGCGAUUGGGUCACCCACGUUCCGGGCCACCAUUGGGGCAGCCGCCGCCGAAAGUACACCCGGAGGGACGGCGCGCCGGCGUUCGCAAAUGACGUCGUCCCGAACGGCCUUCUCGAGCAGGUGUUCCUGCGCCUGCCUUCGCCUCUCCAUCUCGUCCGCGCCGCGUGCACCUGCAGGCGCUGGCGCCGCGUAAUCGCGGCGGAGGGCGGAUCCUUCCUCCGCCGGUUCCGCUCGCUCCACGGCGCGUCAUCCGCCCACAUUCUCGGCCACUACCGUGUCGACGAGCGCUGCUACCGCUUCGCGCGUUCGCCGGGAUGUAACCCCGUCUUCGUCCCAUCCUCCUCGCCGUGGCCGGACGCCGUUGCCGGGCAGAGCUUGGCGCUCGACUUCCUCCCGCAGCCCGGCAACGGCGGCUGCUGGGAGCUUGCCGACUGCCGGAGCGGCCUCCUCCUCCUCCUCGACGCGGCGCCGCCGUCACACCUCCUCCUCUUCGACGCGGCCCCACCGUCACGCCUCGUCAUCUGCGAUCCCCUGACGCGGCGCUACUGGCUGAUCCCUCCCUCGGCGUGGUUCCACGGCUGCGACUUCCUGGGUGCCUUCCUCCUCGACGGCGAAGCCGCCGAGGCCGCAGGCGCGUGCAUCAGCCUGUCGAACUUCAGGGUGACGUGCGCGCUCUAUCGCCACGGAUACGGCAUAGCCAGGGCCUGCGCAUUCUCGUCCGCCUCCGGCGGCCGCUGGACCUCCGGUGCGGCGCGUAGGAGUACGGCGCUCUGCGGCCACGAGUUCUGGGGGAGCAAAGGGAUCAACCGCAUCUACUUCGCAGGCAACACCGGCGGGUCCGCCUACUGGAGGGUCCGCGGAGACCAGCUCGUUCUUGCUCUGGACAAGGACGCCGCUGAGUUCUCCUCUUCCGUCUUGCCGGACACGGAGUACGCCGCUCUCCAGGACAAGCGCCACGCCGCGGAGUACGCGUAUGAGCUGCCGUGGCCGCCUAUGAAGAUGCCCACGGCGCCCCAGGUUGCUACUUAGUUGUCCCUGCCGAAGUACUUUGCUCUUGAUUCAGAUCCUGGAAUAUCACGCUUAAUUUCCUUUUCGUGUUUCACCUUCUUGAUUUACUUUCUUGUACUUGUACUACAAGUGCGUUUAUUUGGCUAGACAUUCAGUGCCACACCAUUUCUGAUGUUGUAACU